UCGCGCUCAGCAGACGGAUCGGACGGUCAGCAGGAUGCCUUUCUCCGAGCUCUACUUCAACGUCGACAACGGCUACCUGGAGGGGCUGGUCCGGGGCUUCAAGGCCGGGAUCCUGACCCAGGCGGACUACCUGAACCUGGUCCAGUGCGAGACUCUGGAGGACCUGAAGCUCCACCUGCAGAGCACCGACUAUGGCAGCUUCCUGGCCAACGAGGCGUCGCCGCUCACCGUGUCCGUCAUCGACGACAAGCUGAAGGAGAAGAUGGUGGUGGAGUUCCGCCACAUGAGGAACCAAUCGUACGAGCCGCUGGCGAGCUUCAUGGACUUCAUCACCUACAGCUACAUGAUCGACAACGUCAUCCUGCUGAUCACCGGCACGCUGCACCAGCGCUCCAUCGCCGAGCUGGUGCCCAAGUGCCACCCGCUGGGCAGCUUCGAGCAGAUGGAGGCGGUGAACAUCGCCCAGACCCCCGCCGAGCUGUACAACGCCAUCCUGGUGGACACGCCCCUGGCUGCGUUCUUCCAGGACUGCAUCUCGGAGCAGGACUUGGACGAGAUGAACAUCGAAAUCAUCCGUAACACACUUUACAAGGCGUACCUGGAGGCGUUCUACAAGUUCUGCUCUAACCUCGGAGGAACCACGGCCGACACCAUGUGUCCCAUCCUGGAGUUCGAGGCCGACCGGCGAGCCUUCAUCAUCACCAUCAACUCCUUCGGCACCGAGCUGUCCAAGGAGGACCGCGCCAAGCUGUUCCCCCACUGCGGCAAGCUUUACCCAGAAGGCCUUGCUCAGCUGGCGCGGGCCGACGACUACGAUCAGGUCAAGAUCGUGGCCGACUUCUACACGGAGUACAAGCUGCUGUUUGAGGGUGCCGGCAGUAACCCAGGAGACAAAACCCUGGAGGACAGAUUCUUUGAGCACGAGGUGAAGCUCAACAAGCUCUCCUUCCUCAACCAGUUCCACUUCAGUGUGUUCUACGCCUACGUGAAGCUGAAGGAGCAGGAGUGCAGGAACAUCGUGUGGAUCGCCGAGUGCAUCGCCCAGCGGCACCGCGCCAAGAUCGACAACUACAUCCCCAUCUUCUGAGCCCCCCCCCCCCCUCCAUCAUUUCAUCCAUGUCUCUUGCUGACGGUUCGAAGUCUUCUGCGUUCUUCACUCGCGGGCGUUGAUUGAUUUCUGUGUUGCGUUCAGGCUCUGUUAUUGCUGUAAAACACAGUGUUUAUCUGUAAAGGAGUCCCAGAGAGCUCAGAGGUCUCAUUUGACUCCCAAACGCUCGCCGCGUAGUUGUUGUUGUUCUUGACACGUCGGCUGAUAAAAAUUUGCAAGCUACUUGCAAAUCUACAUUUUAUUUAUUCUACUCCCGGCAGCGUCUCGUUGUCCGAGGUCGUUUCAUCUUAAAGCUGCAGGAACACUUUUAUUUGGGAGGAAAUGUAGAGUAAAAACAAAUAAUUGAAUUUUCCUAAAAUCAUAAACUUAACGCGACCGCAGAACGUCCUGAACAUUCCUCUGCUCGUCUUCAGGUGUAUUUAUUAUUUACUUGUUGUCAUCUGUGCCCCCCCCCCUCUGCAUUAAAAGCAGCUCCGCCCCCUGAGUUUGUGUAAAUGAAAUGUUGUGAGACUAAAUGUUUAAAGUAUACAAAGAUAUCUAGAUAUUUAAAAAUGAAUAUGAUUCUGUUUACGCUGUAAAAGAAGAAGAAAGGAGUAUUUGUUUGUCUGUUCUGUAAAUGUGAUGAAAACAAAUAAACAAACUAAAAUAAAA